AUGGUAGUGGUACGUAAAACUUCAGGUGAACUACGAUUAUGUGGAGAUUUCAAAGUAACAUUAAAUAAAUUUCUACUAAAAGACUAUCACAUUCUACCAACGUUUGAAGAAUUAAUAGCAAAAAUAGCGAAUGGAAAUAAAUAUACAACAUUAGAUCUCAAAGAUGCAUACCUACAAAUGAGCAUUGACGAUGAAUCGCAAGAAUUAUUAACAAUGGUAACACCAAAUGGAUACUACCGCUAUUUACGAUUACCAUUUGGUAUAGUUACAGCACCAAUAAUAUUUAAACAAUAUAUGGACGAUUUACUGGCUGACUGUAAAGAUACAGCAUUUUAUUUAGAUGAUGUUAUAAUCACAGGAAAAAAUGAUACUGAACAUAUCGAGAAUAUAAAACAAGUCCUUAAAAAAUUACAAAAUGCGGGAUUAAAAGUCAAAACAAGCAAAAUAAAUUUUAUGAAAGAAAAAGUAUCAUAUUUAGGAUACAUAAUAGAUCAAAAUAGAAUACACCCUGAUAAAAAUAAAAUAAUAGCAAUACAAAAAUAUCCAACGCCAAAAGAUAGACAUGACAUAAAAUCAUUUUUAGGUAUAUUAAACUAUUAUACACGGUUCAUAUCAAACUUACACGGAAUCAUAGCCGAAUUACAUAAUAAAACUAGUAAAAAUGUUAAAUGGAAUUGGACUAAAAAAGAUGAUGCAUUAUUUGAAAAAGCAAAAGGAAUACUAAUACUAGAAACAGAUGCAUCAAACCAAGGAUUUGGAGCUGUAUUCUUGCAAAAAUAUAAUAAUGGUAACGAAUACCCUAUAGCUUACACCUCGAGAACUUUACAAGAUGCUGAAAAUAAUUAUUCAACAAUCGACAAAGAAGCCAAAGCCAUAGUAAACGGCGUAGAAAAAUUUCAUAACUAUUUAAAAGAACUUAGAGAUGAAACUGCUAAAGAUCCAAUUUUAAGAAGAGUAAAAAUAUUAUUAAAUGGUACAAAUAUACAAAAUCAAGCACCAGAAUUACAAGCUUUUAGAACAAGAAUAGAUGAAAUAGUAAAUGAUGACGGUAUCCUAUUUUGGAAUGGUCGCUUAAUAAUUUCAUAUUCACUACAAAAAGGAGUUUUACAGAUAUUACAUACAGGUCAUCCCGCACAACCCUGGGAAAGGGUACAUUUAGAUUUUGCCGGACCAUUAGACGGAUUUUAUUGGCUGGUAGGAAUCGAUGCUUAUUCAAAAUGGAUAGAGAUCGAUAGAAUCAAAGAUACCACAAGUAAAAAUUUAAUAAAUAGAUUAGAAAAAUGGCUUACACGAUAUGGUGUUCCACGUCAAAUUGUCACAGACAAUGGUCCACAAUUCAUUUCAAAUGAAUUUUACAAAUGGUGCAAAAAUAAGAAUAUACAACACAUAAAAACUACACUAUACCAUCCGAGAAGUAACGGAUUAGUUGAAAGAUGCAUACAAACUAUAAAAAAUCUGUAUUUUGCUAAUAGAGAACAAACAAAUGAUGGGGAAAAAUGCCUUAAUGAAGUAUUAGUUACAUGUAGAAAUUCCGAACAUUCCUCAACGGGCCGAAUACCUGCCAAACUAUUUAUGGGGAGAAGACUAAAUACUUUAUUAGACUGGGUGAAACCAUCAAUUACUGAAAAAUUAGAAACCUCUGUAGUAAAACACAACCAGUUAAACAAAGGCAUACAUAGAGAUUUUGGAAAAAACGAAUUAGUUUGGACAAAAAAUCCACUUGAAAAAGGAUGGCAUGAAGGAAAAAUAAUAAAUCAAAAAGUAAAAUUCUCGUAUAACGUAGAAGAAAAAGAUAAAAUAGUACGAAAACACGCAGAUCAACUACGAAUAAGGGAAGAACCAGACGAAACCAAAUCAAUAAUACCAAUUGAACUAAGUCAAAAAGGAAGGCAACCGCGUUAUCCAACAAAGGAACGAAAGCCAACAAAAAGAUUAAUAGAUGAACUUGAUCUUGAUGAAGUUGCAGGACCAUACGAUGAAUUAAUUAAAAUUCCAUCUAUCAUUUCUGAUCUCAGUCCCACUACUGGGCUUUCCUUCAAUCAUAAAAAAUGUGAAUUUUAUAUGCCCAACAACUUAUAUUCUUUUCCAGAUAACUUUUCCAUAAUCGAGAAAUCAAACUUUACUCAUUUAGGCUCACCUCUUGGAGGCAAAGCAGCAAUGUCCAAAUUUACGGAAGACUUCCUGAUUAAAUUUGACAGACUUAAGAAAAUUUUAGGAUUUUUACCAACUCAUCAUGCAUUCUUUCUCCUAAAGAAUUUCCUGUAUAUCCCAAAAAUAUUGCAUGCCUUCCGUUCUACUCCUCUUUUCCAAUUCCCAGACAUGCUACUAGAUUUAGAACUUAAAAUCUCUCUUAAAUCAAUACUCAACCUCAAAUUCUCGCCCAUUUGCUGGAUGCAGGCCGCUCUUCCAUGUAAAUUUGGGGGUAUAGGCUUUCGAUCUCCGCCCUAG